UUUAUUCUAAAAGUAUAAACUUUAUUUCACUGACAUACUUAAAAAAUUCAAAUAUGAAUUUUAUUUUCUUACUGUUUUUGGUUGCCGCCGUAUAUGCCGGAUUACACAAAGACAGCCUAGCCAAAAGACUGCCUAUAGACAUCGUAGCUAAGUAUGAAAACAUCACUUGGGAAGAUUGUACUUCACCCGCGGAGUUUUGCAACCAUGAAGAAAAAUUUGAUAACUAUGAAUGUUGGAGAUGGGGAAAGGUAACUCUAUUAUCAUGGGGUUGUAUGCAAGAUGAAUGUCAUCGUAAGUGCUAUCGCAGCAACAAUAACUUUGGGAGCUUCGAAGAUUGUAUGUCUAACGCAUAUCCAGUAUGUGUAUGUGAGUUAUGUUUGUGAUUGGAACGUCUUAUAAAAUAAGAGACAAGAACUUAUAAAUAAAAACUUAUAAAUGCA